UGUCAUUCAAUAUUAGUAAUCCUACGGUGAACUGAUCAAUAGCGGAGUUAAUUGUGGACAAGGAUCAGUUGAUGUAAACAAAAAGACGACCUUAGACCAGGUUUAGAGAGACAUACCUAAGAAACAUGGCAAUUCGAAGCCGUUGGAUUUUUCAAAGACCUCGAACUCGUACAAUGCUCUUCUUCUCUUCUGUGCUAGCUCUUCUUAGCCUCGUAGUUAUUUUGUACCCUAUGUCUAUGAAAACUACUGUCGACGAAAGAACUUUUGAAACACAGUCAGUGGUCUUCAAGGGACGGCGAAGGGAGUACUACAUAUUAAAUCGAAAUUUUUUCGAUUUUCUUUCACGAACUAGUAUGGAGUGCUUGAUUCAAGUCGAACCGGCCGACGAGCUGAGCGAGGAAGCGAUUGUUAGGACGAAAUUGAUCGAUAAUGGCUCAUCACAAGACGACGAACAAUCGGUUGAGAUAGAUACAGUUAAAGCAGACGUGACAAAUAUUCCUACGUCUACAAAUACCGAAGACUCCUCAGACAAAUACAUCUUAGUCUAUCGUCACUUUGAACAGCUAAGCAAGACGACAGAAAACCUAAUUCAACUCGCAGCAGUUGCGAAACGUUGGGGAAGGAAUGUGGUACUGCCUUACGUCAAAAAUUCACGGUUUUUCUUAGGGCCAGAGUUUCAUACCUAUCCGUUGGAUAUUUACUUUAAUGUUACUAGCAUAAACAUCUUACUCCACGCAAACGGUUAUUCGCCACUUGUUCGACUAAAGACUUUUAACCAAAAGUGCAAUUACGCGAAAUUCGGUAUAAAGACAACUUUGAUACAUUUUCUCUACGAUGACAUACAUCGCGGUAACACAAAGUUAUGGUUUGGUCUGAAUGACCGGGAACUUCGUGAAAUUGUUGAAAAUAGUUUAUCUAGCGGUUGGACCGAGUGCGAUUUUAUGAAAAGACACCUAGGUGUUUCAAAGUCAAUCAACGGGAUACAAAUCGGCAGGCAAUUGUGUGUGAACCCUGAAGUCGUGAGAACAGAACAGGCGUUUAAGGAAACGAUUUUACAAGAGGACAAAUGUACUAUAUUUAUGGAAUGGCGAGGUUUUGGUAAGCAAAGGAUUCAUUUUCAUCCAGUCAUGUUGCCGUUUUUCAAUCCAGCCGAAUUAAAACAUCGUAUAUCACCGAGUGAUCUAAUUGACCAAGAGGUCACCACGUUUCUGCAAUCUAAACUAUCUUCAAAGUACAUUUCUGUUCAUUUGCGAACUGAGAGUUUAUUCGUGGCAAAUUUGUACAAAAAGUUGCAAUCCUGUAUAGAUCAUGUUGUGCAUUUACUUAGUAUUUUACGAUCGCUACGUGGGGUCGACACGGUAUUCUUAGCGACAGACUUGACUGAUUUUGGCUCUGAUCUCUUUGAACGAAAAAAGUUCUAUAUCACAAAUGAAACUGGAGAGCAUUUGAUGCGACGGCAGGAUAUCGCAGCUAUACAUACACACCUUGCGCAUCGUAUGAACGCCGUAACGUACACACCAACACGCAAACCUUUCUCAAAAGACAAAGGAUUAGUUUCAUUAGUUGAAAUGAAUAUUUUAAAACGAGGGAUUGAUAUCAUUACGUUAGGGUCAGGGACAUUUCAUUCCUGGAUGGUAAGUGUCUUCAGACAACGCCAGAGCGAAAUUGAACGUCGAGGCUACACAAUUUCUGAGGUAUGCCGCAACGCCAUAGGUGCACCCUUGAGAUAAUCAUAUGCGGCAAGCCUUCACCGGGCAACUGUCAUUUAUAAUUGUUAUGCUGAAUGAAUCGAACGAGAAAGCGGAGAAACAAAAAGAGUUCAAGUGAAAACCUUCCUCAAAAUGACGUUACGUACGUCACUGAGUCAAGUGGCAACCAGCAUA